UUUGAACCCAAAAUCAUGAAUCACGGUUCUAGUUCUAAAAUCAUGAUGAGAAUCACCUUGGUUUAAAUCCUCGUACCAAACGCACCCUUAAUAAAAUGUACGCGACCAAAAAAAAAUUAAAAAAAUCACAAGUAUUAAGAGUACUACUUUGUAUGAGUAAUGCAGGUUAUGGUGUGACAUUUGACGUUGAAACCAGCAAAACUGCAAGAAUCAUGCUAAUUUCACUUAUCCCGUUCCUCAUUCUCCAAUUGGCAAAAAUUAUCAACUCACCUUCUGGGAUACAUGUCGUAGUGUUAGUUUCACUUAUCGUUACUAUUGGAUUGGUCCUUGCUUACUUCAUUUAUCAGAUAUUUCAGCCAUGGAUUCAGAACAGGAGGCUCGAAUUCGUGCUGCGAAAAUACAUUAGGAGAAACCUACUGCAAAAUCUCCUCACCGCCGGUCGCAGGCCUAACAUACCUGUUAUAAGGGAGAUAUUUCAUAGGAUUGACCAGAAUGGAAAUUCAUACAUAUCGAAUUCCGAACUAAGAUCAUUGAUCGUAGGAAUACAGAUAGAAGAAUCGGGAUUGCGUCAGGAUGAUUUAGUUGCCAGGGUCAUGGAACAAUUUGACACCUCUCAAGAUCAUCAAAUAAACGAGCAAGAGUUCGUCACCGGACUCUCCAACUGGCUCAUUGUUGCUAGGGACUCUAUUUCGCACCCUCAUCAUGGCAUUUUUCGAAGAAAUUCAGCGAAAACUACAACAGAAGAACAGCAAAGCCUCAUAGCUAAGAACGUGGCUACUCAGAGCGCUGCAAAUGAUGGACGUAAAGAUUGGUUGAAUUACGUUAAAGCUGGUCUUCUUAUAAUUCUUGGAACUGCCAUUACAUUAACGCUCGGACAACCCCUCGUGGGGACUCUUGUGCAGUUCUCUUUUGCUGCAAAUGUUCCUUCGUUCUUGAUCUCCUAUGUUGUCAUUCCUUUGGCUCUCAACUUCGGACAGGCUGUCCGCGCCAUUUCUUCCGCCAGAGAGAAGACGGAGAAGGCCAUCUCCUUAAUGUUGUCCGAGAUUUAUAAUCGGAUAUUCAUGAACAACUUGAUGGGUUUGGUCGGAUUCUUGGCGCUUGUUUACAUUCGGAAUGUGUCGUGGGAUGUCUCUGCUGAAGUUUUGGUUGUUCUUAUUAUUUGCACACUCAUGGGCCUUUAUACCAGCUUUAGUACCAAAUUCCCAGUUUGGACAAGUAUUGUAGCGUUUCUUCUCUACCCCAUAUCACUUCUGUCUCUUUAUCUUCUUACUUCUGUUCUUGGGUGGUCGUAGGCCAGCAAUGAGUUCUUAGUAAUCCAUCUCUAAGAAUUUAGUUAAAAAUAAAAAUAAAAUAAAAAACAGAAACAAUAAUUUGUACUUUAGCAAG